AUGACCAAGUCUGCACGACGCUCCGGCAAGGGUAAGGCAGCAGCAUCGCGCUCUGCCUCAUCCUCCGGAACGUCAACUCCCGGCUCGCAAGCGGGCCCUCUACCACCAUUCUCCAAAGUACCCGCCACCCUCCGGCCCUUCCUCGAGCCCCUCUCACCACAAGAGGUCUACCUAAUCCACAUCGACACCUCCCCGCCAGACCUCAAGAAACAGACCUUCAUCGUACCAGCCAUAAUCAAUGCCGUGAUCGUCGCCAUCUUCGCCCUCCGCAUCUACACGGUGCGCAACACCUACCCCGCCAUGCUCGCCACGGUCAUCGGACUCACCAGCUCUGCGGGGGUAGACACCUCACGACUCUCCUCAGCCGAAACAGCAAGCCUCAUCCUCCGCCGCACAUUCAGCGUCAUGAUCGACUACUUCCUCAUAACCGUCUUCCUACCCUGGCCGAUCCGCUUCAUGCGCGGGCCCGUGCAAUGGCGCCGCAAACUCGGCUUCCAAGGCCGCGAAAUCAUCGUCCGCCGCAGCCAGCGCACCCUCUCCCAGACCAUGGAGCGAAAUCGCUGGAUCCGCGACAACGACGAAGCCCGCGACAAGAUCGUCGCGGCCGUUACCCCCGACCGCAUCCGCAAGACGGGAUACCUGCUCGUCGACGCGGACUGGGACCUGGACUACGACGCCAUGAUCAAGGCGCACGAGAUGACCGAUUCCGCGCGGAAAGACGACCGCGUCGCCUUGUCUGAGUUCCGCACAGCCGUGCUGGUCAAUACCGAUGCGGACGGCUGGCUGAUCUGGCGGGUUGAAGACGAGGACACCGCGGAAGCUAGGACGCGGUCUGCGCAGAGCGACCAGAUCCUGGCGUUCAAGGACAAGUUGACAGAGAUGGGCAAGGAGGAUCUCUUCUUCCGGUGGGUGGAGCUGAUCCAGUACGAGAGCACGCAGCCGGGCGGCUUCACGCCGGAACGACAGCGCUCCGCCAUGCUGCAAGCAAAGGAGCUGUUCGAGAAGGAGAACGUCGACUUUGCGCGCUUUUGGCGGGAAGUUGGGGGGAUGCCAGAGGGGUUUGCUGAUCAGCUCGAUUGA